CCCCCCAGCCCCCCCUGCAAUUAAUUGGUUGUAUUUUUUCUAUAUGAAAAGUCGGAAUGGAUUCUACUUUUCAUAUAGCGACUACUUUCAGCAGAGCAGAGAAAUAAUCUCCCGCCUCACAUUUCGCGCCUCGUAGAGAUUAGUAUUUUCGUACUCGCAUUGAUACUCAAUUUGAUCAGACUGAAAAAUUUAUUUGCUUAUUUACUUCUUGCGUAAAAACAACGCGAGGUUCUGAGCCAGAGAGGCAGUGGCAAGAAAACUUUGCUAUAUAGAUAUUGACAUUUAUAUAUAUUGAAAGCAAAGUAUUAUUAUGGGGAAACCACAACGAAAAAAACGAACUCACAAAAAUAUCAAGGAUUUUAAAAAAAAGUUUAGAACACGACGGAAGACGAAGGAUAUCGAUCAAAUUCAUGACGACACAAAACCUGAAAAAAUUGAUUUAUAUUUGCAUCAAAAGAUUGAUCCAGAUUUGCCUGGGGAGGGUCAGCAUUACUGCUUGUACUGUGCACGUUACUUCAUCAAUGAAAAAACUUUGAUUGACCACAAGAAAACGAAAAGCCAUAAAAAAAGGAUGAGAUCAAUGAAAGAAGCACCAUACUCACAAGCAGAAGCUGAACUUGCUGCUGGAAUGGGUUCAUACACUGUGAAAAUUAAACCAUCGAUCAAUCAGUCUGAGCAUGAUGCCAAAAACACAAACAACAUGGAUGUUCUAUCUCCUGCCUCAACUGUUACUAAUACAGCCAGUGUUAUGGAUAGCCUAACUAUUGGAUGAAAGUAAAAUUUUAAAGGGGACUUAAAAAUUUUAUGCGGAAAGAUACCAAGUAUUGUGCAGCACCUUGGAAAACCUUAGGUUAGAACUCGUGUUAUACUUCCAACGCUCAAACCCGGGGACAAAAUUUGAGACUCGUGUCGUACUAUUAUGGGAUCAGAACUUUAAAUCAGAAAUUUGAAGCUUUGGGAGAAAUUUUACUGCGCGAAAGCCUGUGAUUAUGAAAUUUUACGCAUUUUUUAUCCUUAAUGAAGUAGAUCUAAUAGUGGAUUCUCUAAAAAAUAUUCGUGGUCUAUUGUUGACACCUUCUUUUUAUUUCCACUAUAUAAGAGGAUAUAUUGAACUUCGGUAACAACACAACCUUCGCGAUCUACAAAUGUUUGAGAUCACGUCAAUUUUUGCCGAUGUAAAAAUUUGGGUUGGAAAGACAGUCAAUCAAGUAAUACAGAUUCCAAUUGGCACAAAAAUGAGAUAUGAUUGUAUAUAUAGUAACUUUAUACAGAAAGAUUAUAGAUUUAAGCCA